GUGUGUGUGUGUGCGUGUGUGUCUUCCUCCCUCACCGCAUCUGACAGUGUCCCUCCCUCUUUCUCUCUCCUCCUCCUCCCUCUCUCAUUAGGCUUUUCACCGGCAAAACACCGACACACUCCCUUUCCCUGUAGCCGGGGAAUAAACACGAAGCGGCGGCAGGAGCAGGAUUGACCUCCCCCGGUGCGCACCAUCCAUGGUCCUCCCCUGGAUGUCUGUCUGACAGGAGGGUUGGUGUGACUUUGCUGAAGCGAGAGAGGCAAGCCCUGAGUCGAAAGGGGAAGAGUGCAAGAUAGGAGUCCUCCCAGACAGCAAGGGGCAGCAGCGGGCAUGCAGGACUCAGCCUCGGACAGCAAGAUGGCUAAACAGGAACAGAACUCCAAGCAUCUGGAUGAACACAGAGAAACAGAUGACAUGUCCGAGAAGACGUCCCCAAACAAGAACCUCAAAUCUCCCCAGAAAGGCUCCAAACGACUUAAAACGGCCCCCUUCAAAGUGACCCUGCUGGACUCUGCUGAGUUCGAGGGAGAAAUUGAGAAACACUCCAAAGGACAGACCCUGAUGGACAUGGUGUGUGAGCACCUCAACUUGUUGGAGAAGGACUACUUUGGUCUGACCUUUGCCGACACAGACACCCAGAAGAACUGGCUGGAUCCCUCCAAGGAGAUCAAGAAGCAGAUGCGCAACUCUCCAUGGCACUUUGCCUUCUCUGUCAAGUUCUACCCUCCAGACCCCUCCCAGCUCACUGAGGAUAUUACCAGAUACUACCUGUGUCUGCAGCUGAGGGAUGACAUGCUGUCAGGCCGACUGCCAUGCUCGUUCGUCACUCACGCCCUCCUUGGCUCCUACACUGUUCAGGCCGAGCUGGGGGACUACGACCAGGACGACCACGGCUCAGACUAUGUCGCCGACUUCCGCUUCGCCCCAAAUCAGACCCGUGAGCUGGAGGAGAGGGUGAUGGAGCUCCAUCGAAACUACAAGGGGAUGACUCCAGCAGAGGCAGAAAUUAACUUCUUGGAGAAUGCGAAGAAAUUGUCCAUGUAUGGGGUGGACCUCCAUCAUGCUAAGGAUUCUGAAGGGAUUGACAUAAUGUUGGGUGUCUGUGCCAACGGCCUGCUGAUUUACCGUGAUCGGCUGAGGAUCAACCGCUUUGCAUGGCCAAAGAUCCUUAAGAUCUCCUACAAGAGGAGCAACUUCUACAUCAAGAUACGACCUGGAGAGUAUGAGCAGUUUGAAAGUACAAUCGGGUUUAAGCUCCCCAACCACAGAGCUGCCAAGAGGCUGUGGAAGGUCUGCAUUGAGCAUCACACCUUCUUCAGGCUGGUGUCUCCAGAGCCUCCUCCUAAGGGCUUCUUGGUGAUGGGUUCAAAGUUUCGAUACAGUGGAAGGACACAGGCUCAAACCAGACAGGCCAGUGCUCUUAUAGACCGGCCUGCUCCACACUUUGAGCGUUCCACCAGCAAGAGGUACCUGCUGUCCAGGAGCUUGGACGGAGAGUUUUCACGGCCAGUUUCUGCCAUGUGUGAGAACCAUGACGGCCUAUCCCACCGCAGCAUCAGUGAACAGCGUCGCCUCCACAGCCCCUCUGUGGACGAGCAGGAGACCGAGCUGGAGCCCAGUUUGGAGCAGGACGAGGAGGACAAGGACCAAGAGCGGGGCGGGGAGACGCAGCAAGACUAUGACGGCAACAUCACUCCGAGCAGAAAGAAAGAGAUCUUGGAGGAGGCUGGGUCACCAGUUGACAGUAAACAGGAGCUCUCUCAGUUGGACCAGGAGGCCACUCCUCGGCACAAACAGGAGUUUCUGGAUAAGUCAAAGGAUGUCUUGCUGAAGCACCAGGCCAGCAUCAACGAGCUAAAGAGAGCCCUGAGGGAGCCUAACAGCAAGCUGUCUUACCGCGAGAAACGUCUGUCAGCCACCUCACCGACAGGCACACCAGAGAAGAAGGCUUUGGUGGGCCGAGCAGUGGGAAAGGACCCUGUUAACAGCCUGUCUGUUGAGGGUUUCGUCCAGAAGACUCUGGUGACUUCACCUGAGGGCUCUGAGGAGUGGGUAUUGAUUGAAAAACAAGAAACUUAUCAACAGGACCAUGACUGGAAGGCAGAAGAAAAGAACAAAUCUCUCACAUCUGAUUCCUCAUGGGAGAAAAAGGAGCUUGAAAAAGAGAUAGACGUUACCAAGAUGAUACAUAAAGAGCUAACAGGGUAUGACAGAAAAGAAAUGAAAAGCCAUAUUGAUGAAUUUCCAUCAACAAAAUCAUCCAGGGAGGCAGAUGAAUGCUGUGAACCUCGCCCGACGAACAAAAGUCGUUUUAUGAUUCAAUUAUCCGAGAAUGCAGACUCCUCUAAAGACAAAUCUCAAAGUAAACCGUCUCGAGCCUCAGACCCUGAGGCAAACAGCGAUGUGGCUCCAGGCUCGCGCCAGAUAAAGGAACGCACAGCUUCUAAUCCAAGGAAAAAGAGGAGACCCCAGAGCUUAAAUCUGGGAAUGCCUGGCGAGCUCAUCUACAGGAAAGGAAGCAGUGAUUCUACUGAAGAAGAAAAUGAGGGCUCAGACUCGGACAACAGUCCAGCAAAAACCUCUAAAACAGGAAAUCAUUGUGAGUCAUCCCUGGGGGGGAUGAUAAAAGAUGAUGAGGGAUCAGGAAAGGAUCAGUCUGUCAGGGUCUAUAAAGACAGCCAACAAGAGGAUAUAUCAAUAGGAGAAAGCAGGGAGGUCUCCACUCAAGGAACAGAGCAGGUAAAGAGAAAAGUGAGUCAGGCUGGGCCAGCUGAUAUCGAUUUAGGCUCAGUGAACGGACCAAGAAAGAUAGAACACGAUAGUUCAUUAGCAGGUGGUAAAGGGGAGUAUGUGAUGAAGGUGCGAGGAAAGGGCCUUAUUGACAACAAGGAGCUAGCCGAGGUGAAACUGCGACAGGUCAGGACACAUGAGAGAAAGAUCAGUAGUUCCGGGGGAGAGGAUAUUGAGGGUUUCCUGGGAGACAGAGGUCAGAGGACGUCUUUCCACCGACUGUCAGGCAGCAGCUACCAGUCGGAAAUCACCAGGAUUGUUCCUCUCAAGCCAGAGCGGUCAAAGAGCAUAGCAUGUAAGGAUGAAAGGGACAGGACAGGACAGGAUGAGCCCACACGGCUCAUGAGAAGAGAAUACCGCUGGUCGGUGGGCUCUCCAGAGGGAUCCUCAGACCUCGCUUGGACUGACGCCGCCACCUUCCAUCCAGCAUUUGCAGCAGAUCUGGAGGGUAUCGCUAAAGCAGAACAUCACGAUGAUAGCUACCAGUCUGGUAGAGGAGCUACAGAGAGUCAGUCCUUCGGCUCAAAGGUUUCAGCGCUUCCUAAGAUGGCUCCCCCAGCCCCGCCAGUGAAAACACAGAAGGCACGGGAGUCUGGACUAAUACUGCGGAACAGCCGAAAUGCCGGCAGGGAGCCGAGCCUGGAUGCAGCCAAGAAGAGACACUCGGAGCCUGUCUCUACUCCUGCCAUUUAUGAAGAGCCGUUUGCUGAUUUCAAGAAGGAACUCGGGGACAGGAGGCCUCAGCCGAGCUUACCCUCAGAGGAGGAACAGGAGCGGGACACGGUGGCCUGCAUGAGGGAAACUCACCUCGGCAUCGAGCGCAAGUGCUCCAGUAUGACGGUCAGCUCCACGUCCAGCCUGGAGGCCGAGGUCGACUUCACCGUCAUCAUGGACCUCCACUCUGGCGUGGAGGAUUUCUCUAAGGGCAUGUCAGAGCUGGGAGAGAGGGAGCGACAGCCCGAGGUGGGCCGGGAGGACUUUGAGGAGACCUCCAGGUUCUACUCUGCACGUCUAAUGGGCUCCCGGGACAAGUCUCCCAUAGAGGAAAAGCUCCCAGAGGAGAGAACACAUCAUGAGCCUCCUGUGGCAAAGAAAGAUCCCAAUGCUGUGAGCAUGGCCCAUAUGCUGAAGAGGGCUGACUCUAAGACGGAGACACAUACGAACGGAUCGGAGGUCCACCCCAACAUCAUGAAUGUCUCACCGCAGAACUAUGGAGUGGUCAGCCCACUAGAGGCGCCUGCUGCCCUUAAAGAAAAUGGCUCCCCUGUAAAAGCUGGAAUCCAGGGGAGGGAGUCUGUUGUGUCCCCGCUGACCAUCACUGCUGAGAGUGUCACCUCAGCAACCACAACUCAAGUUACCAAGACUGUGAAAGGAGGCUACUCAGAGACCAGAAUCGAGAAAAGGAUUAUAAUCACAGGAGACGAUGAUGUGGACCAACAUCAGGCCCUCGCGAUGGCAAUCCAAGAGGCCAAGCAGCAGCACCCCGACAUGCUGGUGACAAAAGCAGUGGUUAUCAGGGAAACAGAGUCUCCCACUGAGGAGCUGCAGCAGCAGCAGGCAGAGUCCUGAUCGGCCAUGGUGGCUCCUGAGACGGGGGGACAGGAGAGGAUCCUCCAGCUGUGUGUCUCCUGCCCCGCCCCCGCAGUACGCCACCACCUAGAUACGAGGACUCUCUACCCCGCCUGUGUAAACGCCGACACGAGAACAGACUGCAUUCCAUGAAGCAGUAGACCUCCACUCCUGUCCCUUUAGACAAACCAACUGUGACUCGGCCUCUGACCCAACCCGGCCUCCUGGCCCAUCCCAGCCCUCCACCUCCUUACGAAACAGGAAACGUCUUCUAUUGGACGAUUUACCACUUGGUUUAAGCAAGUGGGGCGAUGCAAGAUUGAAAGUGAAGCCCGGCCAGAGCUAUUUUAUUUCACCUCUGUAAGAGUCAUUUGUCUGGAACUUUACUUCCAUAUUAUUUAAUCGAAUACAUUUUGACUCCUUUAACCCUAAACACAACCCCGUAGCCUCAACACCGUUCCCUCACAAAUGACUUGUUUCACUUGUAAAGCCACCAAACAUCUGUCACAUAUAAUAUGAAUAAGGUAUAAGAGCAGAGGAGGGUUGAGUUGAAGGAUGGGGACAAUGCUGGUGGUGGGGUGGGGAGGUUGGAGCAGAGUGGCAAGAGGCAGCCUUUUGCUCGAUGUUGCCACCUCCUGGCUGUGACACCCUCAGUAUAAUCAACAGCUGUCUUAUUAGCUUUUUACAUUUUUAUCUAUAGAGGAUCUAAUUUAUGUCCAGUGUUUGCUUGUUUAUGAAAUAUGUAUAAUAUCAGAUGAUUAUAAUCUGCAUGAUUCAAUUAAAAAAUAGCAGAGGGAAUGAAAAAAAACAUACACAGACAUAUCUACAUUUGAAAUCCAUAAGAGAUGAUGGGACUGAGCACCAAGGAGAAACUGUAUAAAUCACUGGGCUGAUGAGUAGUGGACACACGAUGGAGUCCACUGAAGAGGGACAGUUGCGUGACACUUUGGUGGACAGCUGGAGCUCUGCUUUGGUACCAGUCUCCAACAUACACUGUCCUCGUCCCAUUCCCCCCGUUCACUGUUCUCAUUUUGUCGUCAACUUGCCAUCUACCUAAAGAAAUGCUGGUCACACGUUUUGGGCACAGUUAUAGGAUUUUUAGAGAUAUUUUAAUAUAAACGAUGUUUUAUCUAAUAAGUUUCAGAGAUGUGCUGGUAUGUUUUCAUUUGAUUUUACUGACUUCCAUCAUGAAACAGAGUUUGUAUGUUAUUCUUGUGUUUUGGACGUUUCAGUCUUAUAGUGUGAACCCGCUCUUUGUGAAAGAGCUUUAUUUUCUUUGUGCUGUCACUUUGUAAGAUCUCCAUUGAAACACAGCAAGUUAAUCAGAGAGGUCUAGAAAGGAGUUGUGAUGCAAUGAGGAGAAAUGCAAUGAAUUGAGGGUUUUUAUGUGUGUUGCCUGUGUGCUGUUCAUUCAACAUUUAAAAUAAUUUGUGGUUUAAAAAAAUAAUCGAAGCAGCUUCAAACAGCAACUUCAGAAACCAAUUGAAAAAUUAAUUUUCCAGUUUCAAAUCAUGUGCAUGUUUACAAACACUGGUUGAAACGUUCAAAACCACAAGAUUAACGUGGGUACUUUUAUGUUUUCUGUUGGAUUAACUCUUUUAAGUUAUGCUGUAUGAGUUUGUAAUUGUAUUUAUAGGAGUGGUGAAUGUGAGGCCCUGUGCUUUCUCCUUCCUGUUCCCCCGACAGACAAAGCCGAGACUCAUAGUGUGACACACAUGAAGCGCCGUCUAUCCACAAAACCUGUUGGCCCGUCACAUGACAUGUAUCCUUUAAUAAUAUACUAUGCAUCACUUAUCAUACAUAAGAAUCCCUCUGAUGGAGCCUGACCCAUGUUAGCCGUGUUGCCGUCAUUGUUAACUUUGUGCUACUGUUAACCGAAGCAGUGAAGCGCACUGCCUGUGAGAUUUGCAAUAAGCAGCCAUUAUUCUUAUCCUCUGUCCUCUAAAGGGAGAAAACUGUGAACUCUCAUGUGUACCGAAGCGUAACCAAAACCUAUAACACGGAGUUAGUGAUAUUCAAAGGAGCUUUUCAAACACUUGUGGCCAUGGCUUUGUCGCCCUCGUCGUCGAAUCCUCCUGUCCCGACUUGAAACUGUCGACCUGCUGUUUGAUGUGUCUGAGGAAAUGAGAUUCCCCAAACUGAUUAUUUGUAUAUUCUAUUUUAUUUUAUUUUCUGGUCAUAUGACACUGGACUGUUGUGAAGGCACUUGGCUUGCAAUGAUAGCAGCACAUACUGUAAACUGUUGGGAAAAAAAUGACCUAUCUUUGCUGUAGAAUUGGACACACUACUGAUGGAAGAAAAACAACUGUAGGCAUCAGGAGAGGCGUUGUGUGCUGUGGGCAAGGUGGUGAGUUGAAGGAUGGAGGGCCUGUAUUUAUAUAUAAAUAUCCAUACUUCUGUGUAUUAUCCUGUAAACUAUGUAGAAACUGACAGGAGCAGGGAUGUGUUUUAAGUUGAGGCAGUAUGUAUAAUCCGAAGGACAGCAUGAAUGGGUGCCUUAUGUUUGCUGUUAUCAGAGCAGGAGCUAGUUAUCAGUGCUCUGCUCAAAGUGCUGUUAAUCACCACCAGACAGAUGUAGAGGCGACCUCUCCUCUCCGUCCAAGGUGAAGAGGAGCCGUCUUGAAAGUGAAUUACUGUCUUGUAAAGAAUGUGACAUUGAGCGCGGAGACGAAGAAGUCUCUUCAAUUCCGAUCUGUUGAGUCCUCAGCGAGAUGAAAACAUUUAUUGGCCCCAUUAAGGUAGAGAACUGCCAUAGUUCAGAUUAUGGAUAUGAGCUUUUUUUCCCCUCCGUGAAGAGCAUCAAAACUGCUCCGCUCUUUAGCCUCCACCUUCAAUUCUCCACUGCCUUUUGCUCUACAUUCCCCUAGUGCUUGGUGGUGUGUAUUUGCUGUAUUUGCAUUCAGUCUAAAUGGAAAACAUACAUGCAUAAAUAAAUGUCUCAGUAUGAUUCAAA